UUUCCAAGUCCCGGGAAAAGCGAAGUGUGUGUUUGAACGCGCAUUCAUUGCGAAAGUCCUGCUGCGGCAAAGCUUCCAAUGGAUGAGGCCGUUAACCUGGGAGAAACAUCAGCUCUGACCUGUGUCCACGAGUCUUGCUGGCAGUGCCUUGUGCAUGAUCCACUCGAUGGAAGCAACUGUUGCCUAGCCUGUGGUGCUCACCUGCUGCUUCACUGUUCCCAACACUGGAGUGCUUCUCGUGCUGUGGCUGCUGCUGAAGCUUUGGUUUCGGCACUCCGUGACCUGCCCGGGUCUCUUCCAGACCCCUUGCGCACCGCUGCUGCUCCACCCAUCUGGUCUCUGCUUGCCACAGCACUGCACUCAUUCAUGGGCCACACAUCUGAUGCUGAAGCUUUGCACGCAGCUGCACAGGGUAUGUGUCGUGCUGUGACUCUGCUUUCGUUGUCGGAGAUUCCUGAUGCUCAAGACAUGUUCAAGGUGGUGGUUGAAGAUGUUGUAGGCAGUUUUUGCCUGGCAAGCAGUGGCUCUCCAGAGAAGACUGAAGCAAGACUAACGGUCUUGGCAACUAUGGCAGCUCUGAAUGGUGCAGCAGUGGGCAAAGUGAUUGCUUUAAAGACAGGUGAAGUGGAAGCUGUUUUCUUGCGGCUUCUUGCGUCAUCCUCGUCACCUGAAUGCACCUUACAACAGCUCGUCUGCCUUCUUUCCCGGCUAUGUGAAGAGGGCAUUUCGCUACAGAAUGCACUUCUGUUACAAGUGCUGUAUCAAUCUGCUGAAUUUCUGCACUCAUCUCGCAGCCCUGAACUUCAUGAAGAGAUACUGCAGAAGCUGUGCCAGUUGCUGUCCAAGGCCUUCACAAACUCCUCCCUGCUGUCUAAUGAAGCAGACUGUGUCUCGAAGCUGCUGGGUUCUCUGAAGGCUAUCAUGCUGCAAGCCAAAGAAGUCUCACUACGCAUCGCAGCAACCGAUUGCAUUACUGCCCUUGUGGGCACGCCAGCUGCCCCGCUCUGUGCUGAACUCCAUUUGCCUGGUGAGCAAGAUGGCGGCUGUGAAUAG